AAACAAGACCAGACAGACUAGAAUACUACAAUAUACUUUUCCAAACUAAAGACAAUCCAAUAAUGAAAUUUACUCUUUCUGUUGUUCAAGUUGCUCUGCUUGCCACUUCUGUAUUUCAUGCAGUAAAGGCUCAAUCUCGCGUCUGGCUAUCAUGUCCUCCUUCCUUUAACACAUCCUUGCUAAGACAGGCCACAACUACUGGUCCAUGUGAAGCUGCUAAUAUCAAUAAUGUUCCCAGUUUUGGUGUUCAAGCCGGCUCUCGUCUCAAGGUAGGAUGGGAUUCCGGAAACCGUGGAGGUGGCUAUGUUCGUCUAGCUCUUGCUCCUGCAAGCUCUUUAAACCAAGCCACGUUCAAUCAGAGCGUUCUUAAGCUUACUUGCUUUGGAUAUGAUAGUCGACCAGGCAGAUACGCUCUUGGAAACUGCAACCAUCCUUGCAAUGGUCGUGGAGGAUGCCAAUACCAGUCCAACACUACUGACAACCAGCGCUAUGAUACGACCAUCACUGUUCCAUAUAAUCUUGCCAAUGGAGAUUAUGUGAUUCAGUUUACUGCGUUUGUUGGCAACUCUGAUACCCCUCUUUAUAGCUGCUCCAAGCUUACAGUUGCUGGUGGAAAUCCAUCACUUGUUUGCCCUGCCGCAGCUUCGAUUGAUAUUCCAAGCUGUGUUGUUGCUCUUGCACCCGAUUUUAACUCGUUGACUGCUGACUCCUCUCCUGGCAAAUUUUGCUAUCAACCCAAUGCAGCUGGUAAUAUUGAUGACAACAUUGCACAAAUUCCAGUAAAUGUGGAUUGCGAUCCGCGAAUCAGCUGCGAUAUCUCCUUGAAUCAGCAGUCGUGUCUGAAUGAUUUUCCCUCGGUACUUGAUCCCGAAACCUCUCCACAUCAGAUCUGUACUUUCACAACCACUUUGGCGACCAACACGGGUAGUCCAACAACUACUACCACUACUACUACUACUACCACUACUACUCCAACAACAACUACUACUAUCACCAGUGCACCAGAAACUAUAACCACAGUGCCUUCCACUACUACUACCACUACGACAACCACCGCGUUUGUUUCUACCACUGAAAGCUCACCAAUUGUCUCGACUUCCGUGGCCACAUCUGAGGCUUCAUCGACCACGCAUGGAACUACUGAGCUACCUUCUUCAACAUCAUGCCCUAGCAAAUACCCCACAAUCCAACCUGGAUCACCAUGCUCAAUUUCUGCUUCAGCCCUUGAUUGCUCAGGAGACAACUAUGCACAAUGUUCAUGGGUUGAAACAUCAUCUGGAAUUCCAGCUGAAGGAUGGAUUAUUCGGUCUUGCGCAGAAGGCACUGCAUGCCGGCUUCUUGCACCUGGAUUCCCUGUUUGUGAUUACACAUCAGCAACUUGCAAUUAAUUUUACAUCUUUAAAAUUCGGCAUUUAAUUGUGAAACGGUGUUUAGUUUUUAAUUUAUUCUGGCAAUGUCAUAAGCUUAACCCAGCCUUUCUUUAUCCUUUUAUAUAUAUGCAGUCCUUGCUCAAUAUUGCUUACUUUUUCAAACGAUUGAAAAAAACUAUUUUCAUUUCAAUA